AUGUCAACUUCAGAGGAAGAGACAACAACCCCGGAGGUUUCUGAGGAGACCUCCGGGAACUCUGGCUCCGGAAGCUCCAAAGUUGAGAGCUCGACAGAAGAGCCGUCAAGCCCUUCCAACGACGGCAGCUCAGCCAGCAACAGCGGCAACGAUAGCCAUCCCAAGAAGGGGAAAAUCAAGAGAAAGUCCAAACAUCUCAGAGCUCGUCGCAAGGGCAAGAAAUCAAGACGCUCCCGAAAGGCUACCGACGAGACCACGACAGAAGAGACAAACACCCCCCAGAACACCGACGAAACCCUCGAAAAGAGCAGCACCGAAGAGCAAGACUCGCCAGCUCCCGAGACCAGCGGCGAUGAAAGCCCCGCCGCAGACCCAAAUUGGACCAUGUCGGAGGAUUUUAUCCUGCUCAACAUGAAGAAAGACGACCGCAAGCCAUCGUGGACUGAGAUCUCCCAGGCUAUGCAAAAGUCCAAGAAAGACCUGAAGGCCCGAUGGAAGAUUCUACAAGACAAGACGAAGCAGCCCAGCUCCCAAGAUGAUGACCCAUCGGAACCUGAAAUCAAACAACAGCCCGAAAGCAAGAGCAAGAAGUCCAAGAAGAGGCGCGGCAGGAGAGUGUCCAAGCACAAACCAAGUGCCCAGGCGGAAGAAACCAUCGUUCUAUCCGGCGAGGAUGCUUCCGCCGAGGCAUCACCCGACGACGGUCCUGCUGAUCAGAAAUCACCUUCCUCCUCAUCAGAAGCGGACAGUCUCACCUAUGCGGGAAGCGACAAGGAAACACGCCGUCAAAAGAAGUACUUGCAGCGACACAUCCGAUCCAAGAUGUUCCCUCCCGACAAGUACCCGAAAGCAGACGAAACCUUCUCUCAGGCAGACUGCGAGAUUUUGGCGUCGGUGGAGAGCCAGUAUAAGCGCUCAAAGUGGCUUGAGAUGCAAGCCAACUUCUACAAUGUGACAGGCAGACUGGUGCCAAUCGAAUUGAUUCGUGCAAGGUGCGAGAGGGAAGAAGGUACUAACUAA